UCGUUCGCCCCGUAGGUUCGCGGGCCGGGGCGGUGCGCGCGCGCGCCUUUGGUCUUUCAAUGUGGCCAGGGCGCUGCCGCCUUUCGCAGCUUUAGUCGGUGGCCCGAGGCAAGUGCGGCCUGCGCCGAUAACUUGCGCCAGGCAGCAAGCAAGCUCAUUUUGGCAGUGUGGCGCUGUGGUUCGUCUAUUAAUUCUCAACGCCACUGCGCGACGUCGCAGUGCUGUGUAGCCGUCCGAUGCGUGUUGUCGCGAUUUGUGUUCAGAUGAACGUGAGGUCAGCUUCUCACAGCUCCCCCGUUUCCGACGAGUUCAUCUGCAUCGCAGGACGCGUCGCGAUGACAUGUUCAUGCGCCACAUACUUGUUGCAACCAGUCAGGCCGCUCCCCCAUUCGGAUUUUGGAUAGAAAAGGAAUUAGGAACGUAUUACCUCGCUCGUGUAACGACGGACAUGCGCUGUGUGCUGGUCUCUGUCUCAUGUCACAUUAUGCGCACUCGUUUUCUCCUCCGCGUAUAUCUGCUGGCUACAUCAGUGGCGCAUGCCCUAUCACUCCAUUUUCAACUCCAUCGGAGCUUCCUUCCCCACGCCGAUACCGCUUUAGCUGCGCUUCACAGGACAAGAGGAAAACAGCAAUACCCUGGUGGGCUAGACUUUGCAGAGCUAGAUGGAUAUGAUUUUGAUGGACGAGCAUCUUGCCAUAGCAGGUCCCCCGUGUCGCAUGUGAAUGGCGACAAGACCCAAGAACACCACCCGCCGCCUGCUCUAUUCCCUGAUCAUUCGUUUUGCGACCGGCCGCAGCGAGAAGUAGACUCCAACCCAGACGACUUUUCGGACGACGAAGAUGACCAAGGUUAUUUUGGUGCGACCUCGUCCUCUUCGUCCGGCAACUGUAGGAGUACGGGGUCGGGCAACUGCGUUAAUCGGGCGAUGCAGUGUUUCUGCCCGGCACGAAAGUUUCUGUCGGCAUGUUGUCGCUUGUUCACGAACCGAUUUCGAGCCCGCGGACCUGUUGCAACUUUCCGCAGAGCGGAGGGCGGCGUGCCUUUACUGGAAUCGGAAGGAAGCGAACUGCGGUGCCUCGACGGAAAGAGCGGUGGGGGACCAACGUAAGAACUUCUUUGUGAUGUGAGCAAGUAGAAUUCAAAAGUUCACGUGAGAAGCUGUUUUUAGCAGGAUGCCUCUGGGCUUUCAUCCGUAAAUGCUUCCAGAAAACAAGAAGAUCGCAAACCCAAUCACCACAGGCAAUACUACGACUUGAGCCCCUCCUCGCGCGGCGGCACCCCGCGCAACAGCAAGAACCGUGGCCGCGGCGCCACUUCCAUCUCUGCGUGGCGGAAUAGCGGACGGGGGCGGUCCCUCGCAGACGUUCUCGCGCUGCAGCGGCAAAAGAGCGAGUGUCAGGCACUGCGGCAGCAAAGUGAGUCCGCGUUGGAGGCGCAUGAGCUGUACUUGCUGAGCCGCCGAAGCCAUAAUUUGCAACACGAGCUGCAUUUCUUUCCACCGAGCAACGACGGGGAGGAAAUGUUGCUGGCGCCCUACUCUCAUUGCGGAUACUGAUCGCGCUGACCAUAUUUUCUGUCAGUGCGAAGAAUUGGUAGUAUUGGACACGUACUAGUUCGGGGCUGUGUAAUCGGGAGUCUUCAAAAUGGCCAAACACUGACACCAGAUGCGGUUUCUCCCGAUGUGCUCCAGAGUCUCGUCUACUACCCCGUGUUGCAGUGGUCAUUCUUCUCCCGUGCCAGGGUCUCACUCGGGAUGGUUUGUUGCAGUGCGAUCUCGCGGCUUCAUCAGUCUGAUGCUUGAUAGAUAUAUGACAACAAGAAUUAUACAGGUUAAAGUUAUACGAUGGCCAGCAGCCUGCUGCUCGCCUUCUUUCUGCCGCUAAACAACUCGUCGUAACGGACGCUAACGGAUAAAUCCGGCGGCAGACCUCACAGGGAGUGGGACGAAACGAAGCACCGUUCCAAGCCCUGACAAGGUGCACACUGCGCCUCUGAAGGCGGAGGUGAUGAGCACGUCGGAAAAUGAUGGAAGAGUACAUAUCAAUCUUCGAGCUGUGGAACCAUUUUGUUUUCAUUUUAUUGCUCACGUUGAAGAUCCCGACUGACAUAAUAUUAGAAAUAAGAUUGCAAUUGCAUGAUCGCGCGUGCUCCUGAGAAAAUGAACAGCACAAGUCGAGCCCUCACACGCACGCGCGCACACUUGGUUUUUUAGCUUUGCCACCACAUCGAUUUUGAAGACCUCAGAAGUAUGAUGAAGCGCAUUUUACUAGUACUACGCCUUUGACUUUCAAUUUCAUUCACGCGAAAGCGUAAGCGGUGGCGUACGAUUAAAAAAACUUGGCGUUUGUUAAAGUGAACGGAAAAAAAAAGUAUACAAAAAGCUGAAGUUGAUGGUUCUGCUAGUGCUAGUAAACAUCUUCGCUCUAGCUCUUCAGCAAAAAUACACGAGCACCGUGGCACGAUUGUGCAAUGUUCUCCGCGCUUCCGCGGGCCUCUCCC